AUGUCACACAAUUUAAAUAACGGUGCUUCAGCACCUCCACCACCGAUAACUCAUCGUGAUUAUGGGGCCACUUCCACCAGUAGCACAACGGGCAACAACACUUUCCCUGAUGUCAAUUUUUCUGGUUUUAGUCCCACUGAAUUCAUGUCACUGAGCGAAGAUAUCGCCCAUAACGUACAAACAAUUAAUUCUAGCUGUAAGCAAUUGGAAAAGCAACUUAAAAUUUUAGGUACACCUAAAGACCAGCAAUCGGUACGAACUAAAGUUCAUAAUAUACAUAGCAAGACAAAUGCUCGCGUAGAAGCUACUAGUACAGAUUUUAAGAGGCUCACAGCUAUCGUGCAACGGGGCGAUAAACAGCAGAAAUUGCAACUGGAAAAGUUAACCAAUGACUUUCGUUCAGUAGUCGAAAAGUAUUUGAAUAUCCAAAAACGUAUGGCAGCGGCAAUGCGUAAGACUUACACACAAACAAUGUUAAUACAAGCGCAGGAUGAUCUCGCCAAUACUGAAAUUCUAGACUCGGAAAGAACUGAACUACUGCAACGCCAGCAACAGUUGCAACAACAGCAACAAGUACAAUUUGAACAUGACUUGAUGGUGGAUCGUGAACGGCAAAUAAAGCAAAUCGAGGCCGAUAUCCAGUACGUUAAUAAAAUAAUGUAUACUAUGAGCGGUUUAAUGCAGACACAAGGUGAAGAAGUAGAUCGCAUUGAGACUAGUAUUGAAAAUGUCGCUGCUGAUGUUGAAUUGGGUCGGGAACAACUCGCCAAGGCUUCUGGGCGACGUCAAGGUUAUCGACGUAAAAUGUUAAUACUUUUAGCAAUUGCUGUGAUAAUAGGUUUAAUAGUAACUGUCAUUAUUGUUAGUAAAUUGACUAGUUAAAUGCAUAACGUUUGGUCAACACGUACACCCAUGCAUGCACGCGCGCAUGUUCACAUUAAACAAAUUUUCAGAAAAACUAUAAAGAUGAAAAAAAACUAUAAAUUUUAAUUGUAUUGUGUGCGCGCGUCUGUUGGUAUUGGUGUGUUUUUAUUCGAUUUUAAGCAGCAUUGAAUGCUGGCGAAAUUUAUAUUUUGGUCUAUUUUCAAGACCUUAUCCUGGAUUUUUUUUUCUUUUUUAAUACAUUUCAUUAAUUUAAUUAUUCAAAGCGGCAAAUAAUUGUAUAUGAUUGUUGCCGUUUAACAAAAGAAAUAUGUUUUAUUUUGAAAUUAAUUUCAAAUUUAUUAAAUGAGCAAAAUAGUUAAGAAAAAAUGCAUUGCAAAGUAAUCAAAAAAUGACUAUCACCAACAUUGAACUUUUGUGAGAUUUAAGAAAACAUCGCACACACACUCACACUCACAAACACACUCACAAACACACA